AUGGAAGAGGACCCAAACCUCACCAGGAAAGAAACGUCCAUUUUGGAAGGCACCAAGUUCAACAUCUGCAUCACUCCGUCCCUGUCCGGAAUUCAGGAAAUGGCGAGCGAGAAGAAGGACCCCCUCGGAGGCGCAAAUGGUGGGGGCAACGCGCUGUAUGACGAUUUGAAGGGCGCGGAGGAGGGGGCGUUUUACCCUCCGCUGGAAAACUACAACAGCAUGCAGGUGCAGAUAAAGGACUUCACCAUCGAGGACGUCCUGCAGAAGAAGUACACCACGGACUCGAUGCAUAAGUGCGAAAUGGGGAAAGGCCCCUCCGAAAAGGGGGCGCCAGUCACGGAAGAAGGGGAAGAAGGGGAGGAAGUGGAUGAGGCAGACGAGGCAGACGAAGCGGAAGAAGCCGACGAGGCAGACGAAGCGGAUGAGGGGGACGAAGCGGACGAGGUGGACGGGGGCAUCCCGCGCGACGUCGAGGUGGAGAACGCGGCGCAGCGGCUGGACAGUGAGCACAUCGUGGGCGCGCCCCUACAAAAUGCGCCAGCGAAGAGAAACACCACACUGAACAUCUCCAGCGACGAAAGCAAUAAAGAUUCGUACACGAGAGAAGUGAACUCAUCAUAUCAAGUAUUCGGAGAUAGGAAAAAAAAAACAAACAACAAAAUGAAGGAGUCUAUAAAAUUAAGCAAGAAAAUGAAAAACAACGGCUCUACAAACAAAAACACGCAGUACUACCAUUCUCAUCUCCUGAACGAAGAACUUAACGUUCUGGAGAGAAGUGAUGCAAUCAAUGUAAAAAAACUGAAAGAGAAUAAAAAAUCGAAAUUAUGCCCAUGUCUAUGCUUUAAGAAAAAUAAAAAAGGACGAUUCAGUAGAAUAAAGAAAGAUAUUUCUCUCGAGAUUGACGACCCUUUUGUUAUGAAUGUCAGGAGUCCCAUGCAAAUGAGCAUAAAUGGAAACGAAUUCAUAACUAAAGAAAUGAUAGAAGUUUUUCUCAAACCAGAAGAGACAGAAGAAUUCAUGAAGGAAUUUGAUUUGUCCGGACAUGGAAAAAUAGACAUGCUUAUGUUUAGAAAUGCAAUAAAGAGAGCUAUAUCAUGUAGAAAAAAAUUCAUAAAGAGUUUGAAGGGACAAGAAAGUAUUCUUAAAUUGGUUCGUCGAUUAAUGUCUAUUCUUCUAUCCUUCCUAGCAUCCGUUGUUCUUUUAUUCAUUUUUGGAGUCUCUGUCGAUACCAUCAUUGUGACAGGGGCUGCCUUCAUAACUGCCGUCACGGUAAUUCUCAGCUAUAUGUACACAAGCUUUAUCACCUCCGUCAUUUUUAUUGCCUUCUCUAAUCCGUAUAACAUAGGAGAUCGUAUAAGGCUAGAUGGAGGAGAAGCUAUGUAUAUUAAAAAAAUCAAAACGUAUACCACCGAAUUUGAAACGACAACUGGAAAAAUUGUUAUUUAUGAAAAUUCAAAACUCAGUAAUGCCAAAAUUUACAAUGAAAGUAGAUCCAAAAAUGCAUAUAUAGAUAUAUCCUUUAAGGUGGAUAUUAAUACCCCUUUGCUUGCACUUAAGGAGUUGAGGAAGAGCUUGCAGUUUUUGGUUGAUAGUAGACCUAGUGACUUUUGCAAAACAAAGAAUUUGUAUUUUGGGUAUUCUCUUCAGCCAGGUCAUUUCUACGAAAUCAGUUUUUGGAUCAAGUGUGUGGAGGGCUGGGGGAAUUGGAGGAAAGUAUUCGAGCUACGGACCGACAUUUACGAUUUUAUCAUUUUGCAACUGAGGCUGCUUAGUAUAUCUUACAGACUGCCCACGCAGAAGGUCGGGUUCACUGCCCCGCUCAACAUUAUGGACACGAGUAACUUGAAGGCGAACAGGAACAAGCCGUACGACUACUCCUGCCCCCCCAAGGAGAUCAGAAAUCCGCUCUUCAUGCCGUCUGCCAAGCAUAAGAGGGAGUUCGACUGGACAGCCGAGAGUUACACACAUGGAGGGGGAGCCCCUGCCCAAGAAGGACUUACCCAAGGGGAUGACAACAUCGGAGUGGGUACACUACCACCUGUACCGUUUUGGAAGAAUUUCAAAGCGGGUCAUCCCGCCAUCCCAAUGAAAAAUAUUUCGAACAUAUGGGACGACAGUGAGGACAGGAAUCCAAAACGAUGGCCACAUGAAGCAGUGCAUGGCUGGGGAAUACACCCAAGUGGUGAUACAGACGGAGUGAAUCCCCCGUGUGGAACUACCUUCCUGUAUGAACAGUGCAAUAGUGAACAGCACACUAGUGAACAGUACAGUAGUGAACAGCCCAACCGUAUGCUCAAUCCGCACAACAUUUUCCACAGCUCAGAGCCAUCACAAGAAAUUAAAUAUGACGAGGGAGACGAAUACUCCUAUGAUAGUUCCUCUGGUUAUGACAGCUUCGAAUACGUAAAGCACUUUACAAAUCUGCACGAUGGAGUUCGCAGAGGUGUGCCCAUCAAAGGUGGCAGAAGCCUUGCGCGCAAAAGGGAUUGCAAUAAGAAAAACGAGUAG